CAGGAGCCGGGCUCCUAACAUGGUCCAUCUUCUACGAUACUAAAGGCAUCCAUCUGAAACUCCCGUCUGUGAUUGUGACCUUCCCAGAGGCCCCGGUAACAUUCCCGGGGAACAGGACCCCUAAAAUAUCAAAUUUCCCUAGCUCUUGGAGCUGGCAUUAUUCCUCAGCGGGGCAAGAGCACAGCAAAUUAAGACAUUUGCCUAUCCAAAACUCUUACAAAUUUGGUGUCAACAGUUAUCUUGAGGGAUUUGGGGGGCCUAACUCUGAGUUUUAACUGCUUUGGAAUGGAUCCAGGUUAUGAGAUGUCUCCGAGGCACUUCAGCUCAGUUUCUAAAGGCCACAUAGAGAGCCUCUUUGGUGGAAAGAAUUCCUCACGGAGGAUAUAGCUUUAAAACAUUUCUUUCCCUCAAAGGCUGGUACAUAACCCUUUGUAAAAGGAUCCCAGAAUUUAGAUUUUCAGGACUCAGCAUGGACCUAGACUCAGUCAGAGGUCGCAGACGGAGAAAAAAACAACUCACAGGACCUCUCAAAUUAAUCUGACUUCGCAGGUCCCUAGAUUUAAAAUCUCACAAAAAGAUGGGUGCUGAAAGACCUAGACAGUUCCUACACUUUUGAGAAAUUUCCAUAUUGAGGUCUCAAAUUGAGAACAACUUCAUAGACCCAUGAGAAUUACAGGGCUUGAGAUAUCCAGAGAAUCUAGGCUAAAUGAGCUAUUAUACUUUAUAACGGUGCUCUGUGUCUUUUCAGUGUCUCAAAUAAUGGGACAAUUGAGAAUGCAGGAUUUGAAGCCAGACUGUCUGCACUGGAAUUCUGGCCGCUUAGUAGCAUUGUGAUUUUGGACAAGUGACUUAUCUCUGUGCCUCAGUUUCCUCAUCUGUUAUAGGGGGAUAAUAAUAGUACCUACCUCAAUGGGUUGCUGUGAGAAUUAAAUGGGUUAAUACGUGAAAAGUGCUUAGAUCAAGUACUUGGCAUAAAGUGAGAGUCGGAUAUAGAUUAACCAUCAUUAUUAACCACCUGGGGGAACUUCAACGGGAUUUUGAGUUUGGGCAUCCAACUGGAAAGGUCUGCUUAGGAGUGUUUGUGAAUGUGAUUUGCAUAACAGUUGAAGCCCUGCUGACGUCAAGGACUCCCUGCAGCUCCAGGUCAGAUCUAGUCCUGGAAGUAGUUCCUGCUAUACAAUAGAACCACAAUUGCCUCACCAACCUUGCUUCCUACCCAACUCCCUAAGCACCAGGAAGUGAAACAAAGCAGUAGAGCCCCAGGCCUCCAGCUCACCCUUGUCCCUCUUAUACCGUCUCCCAGGGCUCCACUUCCUCCUCCUUUUCACCUAUCACCUCCUAUUCUUUAGGGCUUCCAGCAUAGGGACCAGAGGUGGGGAAAGCAUAGGACAUAUUCAUUAUACAAAAGUGAGGUGAGCUCUCCUACUUCCACCACCACCACCACCACCAAUUUCCUUAUUCUAUGUGUAUCCACAGUAUGUGGGGAGAGGCAAAGCAUUUGUCACUCAAACUGAGAUAACCUCUCUGAUGCUGGAAAAUGUUUUAUCCAAAGGGUGGAUUUACCAGAGAGUCAUAUUUGAAUCAGAAGUUUCACUGGGCAAUUUUGAAUAGUUCUAAGGGAAGGGAGGCCUUUGUAAAGGGUUUCUCAGAGGAAAACGGUCAACCUCUUGGGGAGGCUUUGGGAGCCAUCUGUGUGGUCACCCACGACCUCAUUCUGACGUCCAAAUUGUCCUGGGACCCUCCACUGGGGUUGGGGCAGUCCCAGAUUUGGACCACCCUCCACUCCCACGCCUAAUCUCACACUCUCAGCUGUUUCACUGGAUGUUGCAUCAGGGAGGGUGAUGAAAUCAGUGUCAGUGGAUUUUACCCAUGGACGCAACAGCCUGAAGGACUGGCCAGGGUCAUUGACACUGAGCACCUUCAACUACCAAGGACUCCUGGACUUCUUAGCUAUGGUGUAGGAGCUGGAAUAUCUAAACUGGACUUCUAGCCCUUGCUGACACUGGUGUUCCAAAAGAACUAUCACCUGCAGCCCACAGAGCCCAUGAAACUCUUGAGCCACUAAGGUUGAAGAAUCAGAUGGUUCUUAGCAACAACUCCCUCCUCCGACCGGCCUCCUACUCUCCACAGUGAGGCCUGAGGUAGGGGAACAGUAACACUCGGAAUGGCACUUACAUGGCUGCCCAGUUCUCAAAGUGCCUUCAUGUCCAUUCUCUUCUGGUGAAAAUAACACUGUUCGCAAUGUUGAAAAAGAAUCCCCCUUAUUUUUAGAUAGAGGGCAUCUGGUGGGAACCAAACUUCAUUCCAAACUGAGCUUGCCAUCUUAUUGGGUGAUAAAUGAAUGUUUCUGUUUUGGUUUUUCCUCAGGCAGGAAGAAGUGAGGAAAUUAGGUUUUGAAGUGGGAGUGGGGGUGUUAUAGCUUCGAGAGGCAAAAGAUGAGGAAAAGAUUAAACAGGAAGGAACUUGAGACUAGAUUCAUUUAAAUAUUUGUUAUUCCCUCCCCCACCUCCAACUACAGCCAUUUCGAUUCCUGGAGAGCAUUACACAUAUGUCCCAUCCCAGGCCUCCAGCCACAGCAACCACACAAGUCAUUUCCCCUGGGACUGAGGCUGCAUACCUGGGCUCCCCACGGAGGGGGAUGAUGCAGGGAGGGGAAUCCCACCUGCUGUGAGUCACCUGCUAGUAUAAAGGGCGGGUGUUACAAUGCAGGGACCUUAAAAAGAGACUCAGAGACAAGGGUAGAAAAACAAGGGAAGCAGCUCAGAACCUCAGCGAACUGAGGGAACCAAACCAGAGACACACAGAACAGAGACAAUCAAGCUCAGAGCAAGGAGAAGUGGCCAGAGAUUCCACAGGGACUGGUGCAAGGCACAGAGCCAGCCAGAUUUGAGAAGCAGGCACCGAGAUGCUGGGGAGCAGAGCUGUGCUGCCGCUGCUGCUGCUGCUGCUGCUGCCGCCUGGGACUGCUCAGGGCCGCGCUGUGCCCGAAAGCAGCAACCCUGCCUGGGCUCGGUGCCAGCAGCUCUCACAGAAGCUCUGCACACUGGCCUGGAGUGCACAUCCACCAAUGGGACAUGUGGAUCUACCAAGAGAAGAGGGAGAUGACGAGACUACAAAUGAUGUCCCCCAUAUCCAGUGUGAGGAUGGCUGUGAUCCCCAAGGACUCAGGGACAACAGUGAGUCCUGCUUGCAAAGGAUCCACCAGGGCCUGGUUUUUUAUGAGAAGCUGCUGGACUCAGACAUUUUCACAGGGGAGUCCUCUUUACUCCCCGAAGGCCCUGUGAACCAGCUUCACUCCUCCCUACUGGGUCUCAGGCAACUUUUACAGCCUAAGGGGCACCCCUGGGAGACCGAGCAGACUCCAAGCCUCAGCCCCAGCCAACCAUGGCAGCGCCCCCUUCUCCGCCUCAAGAUUCUUCGCAGCCUCAAGGCCUUUGUGGCUGUAGCUGCCCGGGUCUUUGCCCAUGGAGCAGCAACCCUGAGCCCCUAAAGCCAACAGCUGAAGGAUGGCACCCAGAUCUCCAUGGCUCAGCAAUGCAAAGAUGAACCUAUCAGCCAGCUGAGGCAUCUGUGAGCCAAGUCAAAUCAGUCAUUUAAUUCUAAUGGGACUUGCAUUGUUGAAAAAUUACCAAAACUGACUGAUUUAUGAUGCUGACCUAGGACAUGUUGAGUAUUUAUUAGAUGGAAAAGGAAAAUUUGGGAUUAUUUAUCCUCGGCAGCAGUUUGGGGAGGAUGAUUAUUUAUUAUAUUUAUACUGAAUUAUGUACUUUUUUCAAUAAACCUAUUUAUGUGG